AGGUGGUGACGUAAGGAUGUGGCUCCGCCCCGCGUCGUGGACUCGCAGGUGCUCGAUCCAGAGACGCGGCUUCCCGUUCAGGGUCGGAAACGUUUCAGGGUGAGAUAGAUAGCCGGACGGUGUCUUGACUCGGGCCGAGAAGAGAAAUGGAGAACGGUUUGUCCUCGCUUGGAGACUCGAAGUUGGAGCAGGCUGUCCGGCAGUGGCUGCAGUACGACCGGAACCCAAAAACAGCAUCAGUGGUGCAGGACCUGGUGAAGGAGAAAGCGGUGGAGGCUCUGAAGAAAUGUUUUGCCUCCAGGAUGGAGUUUGGCACGGCAGGACUGAGAGCCGCCAUGGGCCCCGGAACAUCCUGUAUGAAUGACCUCACUAUCAUCCAGACCACGCAGGGUUUCUGUUGCUACCUGGAGCAGAGUUUUGGGAACCUCAAAGAGCGAGGGGUGGUGAUUGGGUUCGAUGCUCGGGCUCAUCCUCCCAGCGGGGGCAGCAGCAAGCGAUUCGCCAGCCUGGCUGCAGCUGUAUUCAUCAGCCGAGGGGUCCCUGUCCACCUCUUCUCUGACAUCACCCCUACACCCUUUGUGCCCUUCACAGUUUCCUACCUGGGUCUGUGUGCAGGCAUCAUGGUCACCGCCUCUCACAAUCCCAAGCAAGACAACGGCUACAAGGUUUACUGGGAGAACGGCGCCCAGAUUGUGUCUCCUCAUGACAAAGGUAUCUCUAAAGCCAUUGAGGAGAACCUGGAGCCUUGGCCUGAGUCAUGGAACACAGAGGAGGCCCUGAAGAGCCCAUUGCUCAAAGACCCUUACCAAGAUGUCAACACACAAUACUUCAAAGCCAUCCAGAAGCACUGUCAUCACAGGGAGAUAAACAAGAGUUCACAGGUGAAAAUUGUGCAUACAUCUGUGCACGGCGUCGGUCACACAUUUGUCCAGUCAGCGUUCAAGGCCUUUGAUCUUCACCCUCCGUACGCUGUAGAGGAGCAGAAAGACCCAGACCCCGAAUUUCCCACCGUCAAAUAUCCCAAUCCUGAGGAGGGAGAGGGAGUUCUGACGUUGUCAUUUGCGCUGGCAGACAAGGAGGGGGCGUCUGUGGUGCUGGCUAAUGACCCUGAUGCUGAUAGACUGGCCAUUGCUGAGAAGCAGGAGAGUGGACAGUGGCGAGUGUUCAGCGGUAACGAGUUGGGAGCGCUGCUCGGCUGGUGGAUCUUCCACUGCUGGAGGCAACAGAACCCCGACACUGCUGCUGUGAAAAACCUCUACAUGCUAUCGAGCACCGUCUCAUCCAAAAUACUGCGUGCCAUCGCUCUGAAGGAGGGCUUCCACUUUGAGGAGACACUAACAGGGUUCAAGUGGAUGGGAAACAGAGCCAGAGACCUUAUGGACCAAGGCAAGACUGUUCUGUUUGCCUUUGAGGAAGCAAUUGGGUAUAUGUGUUGUUCUGCUGUAUUAGACAAGGAUGGAGUGAGUGGUGCAGCCAUAGCAGGAGAGAUGGUUUCCUAUCUGGCCACAAAAAGCAUCAGUCUCUCUCAGCAACUCACCACCAUCUAUGAAGAGUAUGGCUACCACAUCAGUAAGAACUCCUACUUUAUCUGCCAUGACCAGGAUGUGAUCCGCGGUCUGUUUGAUCGUCUUCGCAACUAUGGUGGCCAGAAAGACUCAUAUCCCACCGAAUGUGGUCGCUUCUCCAUCUCUGCUGUACGAGACCUGACCACCGGCUACGACAGCAACCAAACCGAUAAAAAGGCGGUUCUUCCCACCUCCAGAUCCAGUCAGAUGAUCACCUUCACCUUCUCUAAUGGUGGUGUGGCCACCAUGAGGACCAGUGGUACAGAGCCAAAAAUCAAAUACUACACCGAACUCUGUGCUGCCCCUGGUAACGGCGAUGUGACACUACUGAAGAAGGAACUGGACGACUUGGUUGACGCCAUCGUUGAAAACUUCUUCGAGCCAGAGAAGAAUAAACUGCAGCCGAAGCCAGAGUAGCUCUGAUCGACAACAACAGCCAGGACAAGUUGUGACCAGCAUUUCGCACAAUGUCUUAAUUACUCAAAAGGAGAUUAUUGGUUUAAUACAGGUUUGAAUUUGAUUUAUAACUACGUUACUUGACAAUUUAUCACAUUGUUUUAUUUUUUUUACUGUUUUCUACUACUACUUAUUUUUAAAAUAAUAGUCUGCAGGUGUUAUUGCUACGCCUAACCUCCACUUUGAGUUUGUUUAGUGACUUUGGGGUUUUAAUUAAGGAUUCAAACACUGUAUUACAUAUAGUAUUCAUAACAUCUCUCAGCUUCAUAUUUUGGGCUCAGUUUACCACGUUUUAAACCACCACUGAUACAUGUCGGACAUUCUACAUCCUCAGUCAUUCCUGCUUCCAGCCUGUGUUAUCACAUAUAUUAACCAUUAUGCAUUCCAACACUGUGCUUCUGCAUCUACUUCUGCUGCUAUUGAGAAGAGUUUACAUGAAAGUGUAAAUGAGAACUGCUGGAACUGUUAUUAUAACCUUAACUGUAACUUUUCUGUACGUUUUAACCCACUGUUCAACUUUGACUGUGUAGUAUCUUGGUUAGAAAGAAGGUGUAACAUUAAAAGUGAAGCUGUAAAUCAGUGCUAGUUGUGAAAGAAAGGGUCACUUCAGUUUGCUGAUGAAUAAAACCAAGCCUAAAAGCUUAGAGCACCGCCAAGUGGAGGCAUUGAGCAUUAUUUGAAUCCACCCACUGCUCAUUCCUUGAUGUGUAUAAAUAUUACAACUCAAAGGGACUCCUUGUAACAUUAAAUAUGAAAGUAGCAGCCUUUUACUUUACGUUAUGAGGGAAUUUAUUUUACUGACUGCUCUAGAGGUGCAAUUAUCAGCCUGCCAGUAUGUGUCUUGUGUUCCAAAAUGCUGUACUGAAAAUACUGUUUUGCUCAAUAAACACGACUGGUAACAUG